UGUGCUUCCGGGUGGGAGUGAUACAGGAGUAAGAAGUAUAGCUUGUAAAGAUUUACCGACACCUAUGAUGAACAUAUAAGCAAAGAUUGCAGAAACCCAAUAUAUAUGUUUAUAUGACCUGUAGGACUUUUACUUUGUGCUGUCACAUGAUACAUUUGUGUGGUUAGGCAAAUUUUCUGUGUGGAGUUUUGGGUUUACUAACUGCUGAAUGGGCACUGACUUAACCCUGUUCCCAUGAAUUUUACUUGUUGUGUCUUUUAAUUUUGCAUGCCAAAUAGAGAUGGGAGACUUUCUAGCAGAGAAUAACCAGUGUGGUCAAAAUGCGCUUCGCUUGGCGUCGAGAGGGAAUGCCAUCAUUGCGGAACUGUUAAGGCUGUCUGACUUCAUCCCAUCUGUUUUCCGUCAAGAUAAUCCACAAGAUGUUAGUCGAUAUGGGGAGCUUAUUUCAGAUUUCAGCUACUUCAAAAGCACAGAUUUAUUUGAAAACAAAAUUGAAUCAAGAACGGAGCUUCAAGACCUGGAUGAAGAGUUGCAAGAGAACCACAUAGAAAUAUUGACCCGAUUCUAUCAGGCAUUUUCAAGUGUACACAAAUAUGUUACUGACAUAAACAGAUUUCUAGAGGAUCUCAAUGAGGGAGUGUACAUUCAGCAGACUUUGGAAAGUGUGCUCCUCAACAAUGAUGGCAAACAGUUGAUGUGUGAGAUUUUGUACCUGUAUGGCGUAAUGCUGAUGAUUAUCGACAUGAAGAUAGAAGGCACUGUGCGGGAAAGGAUGAUGGUCUCCUACUACAGAUACAGUGCUCAGAAGGCAUCGGCUGGAGACUCAAACAUUGACGAUGUUCUAAAGCUGUUGAGAAGUACCGGUUACCUGACAACACCCGGGGCAAAAAGACCCCCUAAUUACCCAGAAUCAUUCUUUGCGCGUGUGCCAAUAGAUGGUGAAUUUAUCAACAUGGUGAUUGGUCGACUACGGUCAGAUGAUAUAUACAACCUGAUAUCUGCAUUUCCCCUGCCUGAACAUCGGUCAACGGCACUGGGGACCCAAGCAAGCAUGCUGUACGUCUUGCUGUACUUUGAACCUGAGAUCCUGCACAACCAGCCAGCCAAGAUGAGGGAAAUUGUGGACAAACAUUUCCCGGAUAACUGGGUAGUGAGUGUGUAUAUGGGUAUCACAGUGAAUUUGUUGGAUGCUUGGAGCCCGUACAAGGCUGCAGUCGUUGCCCUCAACAACACACUAGACCAGGGCAACGUCAGGGAACUGUCAAUGAAAUAUGCGAAUAAGGUAACCAAGCUGCAGCCUGUGCUGGACAAGUAUCUGAAGGAAGGUGUGUUGGUAGAAGAAUUUAUCCUAGAUAGCAUACCGAAACUGCUCAAUGUGAUGAGAGACAGCAAUGUCACACUUCGAUGGCUCAUGCUACACACAUGUGCACUUUCACCCAGUGGUGAGGCGAACAAGCGUUGUAAGCAGCUCCGGGAGCAGGUGCUUACAGACAGCAAGUACAACCCACUCCUGGUAUUCAGACUCCUGCUCAACACCUCACAGUUCGAGUUCAAACUGAAAGAGAUGUUCAAGCAGAUGUUGACUGAGAAGCAAAGCAAGUGGGAGGCGUUCAAGAAGGAGGGCAGUGAGCGCAUACAGGAGCUGAGUGACGUCUUCUCCGGCACCAAGCCUCUAACACGAGUAGAGAAAAAUGAGAACCUGCAGGCAUGGUUUGGGGAGAUGGCGAAGCAGAUUGACUCUCUCAACUACGAUGAUUCCACGUCCGCCGGCAGGAAGAUUGUCCAGCUUAUACAGGCUCUGGAGGAGGUUCAAGAGUUUCACCAGCUGGAGAGUAACCUGCAGGUGCGUCAGUUCCUGGCAGACACACGCAAGUACCUGCACCAAAUGAUCCGUACUAUCAACAUUAAGGAGGAGGUGCUCAUUAACAUGGAAUUCAUUGCUGACCUCUCGUACGCUUGGGAGAUCAUUGACAGUUACACAGGUUAUAUGCAGGAAGGAAUAAAAAAAGACCCAACUCUAGUCAUCAAACUUAGAGCUACAUUUAUAAAGCUGUCGUCUGCCCUGGAGUUGCCUUGCCUGCGGAUCACUCAGGCCCAGAGUGCUGACUUCAUGAGUGUGUCCCAGUACUACUCCGGGGAACUUGUCUCCUAUGUCAGGAAGGUCUUACAGAUCAUUCCUCAGACCAUGUUUAGCCAGCUUGCCAGAAUCAUCCAGCUAAUGACUUCACAGAUUAAGGAGGUGCCCACAAGGCUUGAGAAAGACAAGAUGAAGGAGUUUGCCCAGCUAGAUGAUAGAUACCAGGUUGCCAGACUGACUCAUUCCAUCUCUGUUUUCACUGAAGGCAUAUUGAUGAUGAAAACAACUCUCGUCGGAAUUAUCAAAAUUGACCCAAAGCAGUUGCUAGAGGAUGGGAUCCGGAAGGAGCUGGUCCAGCAGGUUGCUCGUGCCCUACAUGCAACACUGCGGUUCAAUCCCAAAGCAAAGACAAGUGAGCUGAUGCCCCGUCUUCACCACCUUGGUGAGCAGAUGGAAGGGUUCCGACGCUCAUUUGAAUAUAUCCAGGAUUAUGUGAACAUCUACGGCCUCAAGAUCUGGCAGGAGGAGGUAUCACGUAUCGUCAACUACAAUGUGGAGCAGGAGUGCAAUAGCUUCCUAAGAACCAAGGUCCAAGACUGGGAGAGUUUGUACCAGUCUAUAGCCAUUCCAAUCCCAAGGUUUAAACAAGUUGAUGAGAGUGUUAACUUCAUAGGACGGCUGGCCAGGGAAAUAAUCAGAAUCACUGAUCCAAGAGUGGCCUCCUACAUUGACCCCAUGAAAGCCUGGUAUGACAUCAAAACCAAACAGGAGAUAAUCAACAAAACACUUUUCUCCAAAGUUCAGAGGGCAGUGGGUACAUUUGGCUUGUCGGGUCUGGACCGACUGCUGUGUUUCAUGAUUGUGAAGGAGCUGCAGACAUUUAACCGCUUGCUGGAACGUCAGGUGUUCCGUAGCAAGGACCGAUCCUGGCUCGCUGUGAUGGAGGACAUGAGCAAACUCCUCGCACCGCAGGAGUCUGUCGUAGGAAAUCCGUUGAAGGUUUACAGUGGAUAUGUAAACAAGAUGUCCAAGCUGUGGCCUGCUUACUUUGACAUAAUGCUGAAGGUUGGCCAGAUGCAGUUGUUGAGGAAGCAGAUUGCAAAUGAGUUGAACACACUGUGCAAGUUUGACUCCAACAACAUGGCAUGUGCUCUACAGACCAUGAAUAUAUCCCUGUUGGCAGACAUAGAGGCGCACUACUCUGAUCCGACCAAGCCCUACCCUAAGGAAGAGAACCCACUCAUGUAUGAGCUUGCCGGAUACCUGGAGGCCGCCGGCUUCCAUAACCCACUCAUGAAGAUCUACGUCACCAUGAAGCCGCUUCCCCACUUUCCCUUGUUCAUCUUCCUACUGGUCAUCUCACACAUCUCCAAACUCACGUACAACAAGGCCAUCAGUGGCCUGGUGUGUAAGAAGCCUGCUGACCCCCUGGAUGCCCCACCAUUCGUGAUUGGUUGUAUCACACUUCUUAAACAGUUUCAUGUAGACAACACAGACAAUUUCCUGGCUCUAAUGGGCCAGUAUGUCCGCUCAUUUGUGGACGCCAUGCCAGGGUCCAAGACUGCAGAUAUGCCAGCUGAGAUUCUUAACCUUCUAGUUUAUAUUGAGGAGUUUAUAUACUUCUCCAGCAGCUCCAGAAAGAGGGUAGAUGCUCACAUUCCCCCCUACAUCUUUGAGCAGUUCAGGACACAAUAUGCCUCAUAGUGUGUGGAACAUAUCCUCCAACUUUUGACAAGCAUAGGGACUAGUGCUGAAUUUAGAUGUCUUAUACCUUGGACUACUUAAUCAUACAAUGACGAACUGUGAUACUCUUAUAUAUUACUGCCUUAUUUACAAAUCUAAUAUGGUUGUAUAAACUGUGUUAAUGUGGCUAUAGUCAUAAUGCUGCUGUUUGAAUGAUAACAUAGUUAAUGUGUUUUACUUUUAGACAUUUAAAGUAUAGAGAAAUUAGUGUUCCUUGUUUUGUGCAAUACAUACUAUUAUUACUCUAUGUAUGAUAUUUGUGUUAUGAACUUUAUUGAAUUGCACAUUAGGAUGAUAUACAUGAAUAUUUUUCAAAAUUUUAAAGAACUACAAUGUACACUGUAUGCACCAGACCAUAUUGUUAUUGUUCUCAUGAUUGUGAAUAAAAACAUACAAAUGAUAAUAUAUUAAAAACGUUUAUUCUUGAUAUUACUUAUAAAUGAUGAUAAACUUGUC